GUAUGGUUUUCUAAUCGCCGAGCAAAGUGGAGACGGGAAGAAAAACUUCGUACGCAACGUCGUUCCGUUGAUCAUGUAUCUAAUAAUGAAAGAAGCAGUAGUAGAAAUCCAACUACAAUGAGCAAUAAUAACCAAGAAAAUUCUAGUCAUACACCAAAUGUAACAAAUAAUGUAACAGAAAAUUCAAAUGGUGCUGGCUCCACAAUUCAAAGUAAUGGAGCGGGAGCAAUUCUAGUUGAAGGCGCUCACACAACAUCUAUAAGUCCACCUCUUCAAGCCGUAGCACCACGAUUGCCACUGAAUACAGGUUUCAAUUCAAUGUAUUCUUCAAUACCUCAACCCAUUGCGACAAUUGCAGAAAACUACAAUUCUAUGACAACGUCAUUGGGUUCAAUGACGUCCACAUGUCUUCAACAACGUGAUAGUUAUCCAUACAUGUUUCAUGAUCCACUUGCGUUAAGUUCUCCUUAUGCGACACAUACACGAACAUCAUGCAAUCCAGCAGCAGCACAUCAGCAACCCCCUCAACAUGUUUACGGAAGUAAUAGUGUCACUGGAACUACAGGAAAUACAGAUAACUAUACUUUUGCAGGUGUUAUAUCAGCUGGAGUCUCUGUCCCGGUACAAAUACCAACACAAAGUGCCAGUGACUUAGCAGGCUCAAAUUAUUGGCCACGAAUUCAGUGAUCUACAAUUUUCGAUUUAACACCACAACCAUUCACCAAGGGAGCUGCACAGCAGAUAGAUUCAAUUUCCGAAAUUAUUCCUAACGGAAAAUCCAAAGUAAUAGGAAACACGAACACGUCGCUAGACACGAUAUCAAAACCUUUUAAAUUGAAUAUUUCACCGCUUUUACCUGUAGUUAUAACAAAUCAUAAUCUGCAAGCUCAUCAUCAUAAAAAUUUUUUAUAAUGUCAAUCAUAAAAGAAAGACCCCACCUGCCGAACUAGAACACUUCAUAGCCCACCACAAACUUAUACUCAACGCAACGCAAAUGAUUAAACGCACAAUAAAUCUCGCAAUAAAAAUUGAAUUCUUAUUUAAGCCGCCGCGGAAACAGUAUCAGUUAAAUUACAACAAAUUCACUUUGUAUAAUUUUAAUUUCUUAUAAUAUUAUUAAGUAAA